AUGCUCUAUAGGCAUGCUACACUCGGGCGGGUGCAGAGUGUGCCGUCGUUAGGAUCGCCAUCGCCGCUGGACCUCGGAGAGCCCGAGGUGCCUGCCUCGUUGGCGUCCUCCAAGAGCGAGAAAGACCGUCUCUUUGGCCAACUGCACGGCGACAGCACGUGGAAGAAGUCGGACGUUCAAAUGGCUCGGGAAACGGCUUGGGAAGUUGAAGCUGUCAAAUACAAGGCGCGCAUGGACCGUAUCUUCAAGCCGCAGCCCGCGGCCACGACCCAACCCGAUCGGUCCGACGUACACUCGCCCGCGGGCCCUCAAAUCCUCGAGUCGCUCGCGUCCGACCAUCGCGAGACGCUCUCGUCGCUCUCAACGACGCUUCCCCGCCUCUCGUCCAAUCAGCUCUCUCAAAUGAGUUUCGACGACAAGGACAACUGGAGUGUCAACAGUCUCAACCGCCAAAAACUCGUGUACCGUCACUUGUUUACCGAAAACAGCCGGAAUUUACGGAACCCGGCGACCAAGAAGCAACCAAAGCUGCUCCUUGAAACCAUCGACACGACACCGUCCGCAUUCGUGCUGCAACACCUCGGACCAGACAUCCCGCGCAAGCCGACGCCCAAGCCCCGUCGACGCCACGUCCCAACCCUCGCCGCGUCGGCCUCCGCUCCGACCCUGUCCAAGGUCGUCAAGCUGCACCGGGCGUCGUCGCUCCGACUCGAGAAAAUGUUGGCAAGUGCACAGAGCCUCGACAGCAUCAUCCACGACGGCAUCCCGACAACCUCCAAAGCUACACCGGUGGCCGGAAGUCCCGAGAAGACCCUCGCUCGCUUUGAAGCGAUGAUCGCCGACCGGCCGCUCAAGGCCGCGUCGCAGAAAACACCAGCAUCGAAUCCACCGCGGCCGGGCACUUGCAGCGUCACGCACGUCGUACUGCCUGCUGUCACCACUACCUCCACCACCACCAACAACAACAGCAGCAGUCUGCCCAAGCCUGUGAAAGCCCUCACAUCUCCAGCGCCCAGUGUCAAGGACAUGGUUGACGCGGAUCGUCGCAUCUUGCUCCAGCCGCUCUUUGGCCCGUACCCGCGCGACCACGUGCUUGAAGUGUGCCGCAUUUUCGUCCGCAUCGACGUCGACAACAGCGGAGUCAUCGAGACGAGCGAGUUUGUGGACAAGUUGUCGCAACUCGAAGGCGACGAGUGGCGCGACGCCCUCAACACGGUUUUCCGCGACCUCGACCAGGACCACAACGGCAGGCUGGACAUGCCCGAGCUCCUCAAGGCCAUGUUUCCCAGAGCGUCGAACCGCGUGCAGGACGAGAUGCUGCAGUUCGCGCGGCUCGCGGUGGCUGCCGAGCGGCACGAGAAGGCCAAGGUCCGAGAACUGAGCCCGAAAGCACUGGCGGACAUCACGGCGCUCUUCCAUCUCUUUGACGUCGACAACAGCGGCGCGAUCGAGCCGGUCGAGCUCCUCCGCGAGUUCAAGGCCAACGAACGCCGUUUCUACGACAAGCAUCCCGAGCGCAGCAUCGCCGAUCGGUGGCAGCUCGCCGACAUUGUCAAGAUCUUUCAGCAGUACGACGCCAACGCCAACGCGAGCUUGGAACUCGACGAGUUCAUCGAGCUUUUCCGCGAUAGCUUUUGA